AUGAAAGGUGUCGGGAAUAAUGUGAGAGCAGCUGUAAUUAAAUGUGGCCUGGGAGGAGAGCUGGAGAGCGAAGGGAAGGACAGCCGGGCCCUGGAAGAGAGGAACAGUGUGACAAGCCAGGAAGAGAGAAAUGAGGAAGAUGAAGACAUGGAGGAUGAGUCAAUUUACACCUGCGAUAACUGUCAGCAGGACUUCGAUUCACUGGCAGACCUGACUGAACACAGGGCACACAACUGUCCUGGAGGUUGUAGGUUUCCAGUGUCUACGGGGAUCUGAAAAGGGUCUAAAUGGGGGCAGCUUGUACUGAAAGAACAUCACAUUUCCUUACCGGCUCAUGUCUUCCCUUGUCUCCCAGCUUGCCCCCACAAAUGAGCUCUCCUGCAGCAGUCCUGGAACUAGUGCCUUAAACAACUAGCGAGCAUCUUGAAAAAUACUCCGAGAAUAAACAAACACACCUAGUGUAUACA